CAAAUUUGGCUAUAUUUACAUUAUCAUUUUACUAUUGAUUACUGAUCGUAUCAAAUAAACAAUCUAAUACAUUAUGACUUAGCAUCUCGUCAUGGACAUGCUUUUUAGAUUAUCAGCAAAUUCAAUUAUCGCAAAUAUAUAUACAAUCACUCAUAACACUCAUCCACUUUUAUUUAUAAUUUCACUCGGAGUGUAUUUUUCGAAUCAUUCAAUCAUUUGGUGAAAUUUAUAUAGUAAUAUAACUCGAAAUAAUUUGUUUUUAGUUAUGUGUAUAAAUGAAUAAUAUUAAAAUAGUAUGGAUAUAACUAAAGAAAAAUCAAAUCCAAAUCCCAGAGAUGAGGCUAAUAUAUUUUCAGUUCUUUUUUUCACAUAUACCUUGGGGAUGUUCAAAACUGGUUACAGAAAGACAUUAGAAGUAGACGAUUUAUACAAUCCAAUAAAGGCAGACAGAAGUCAAACAUUAGGAGACAGAUUAGAGAGAAAAUGGCUGAAUCACUAUCGAAGGGCUCAAAAAAAUGGCAAAAGACCAAGUCUCCUAAAAGUUCUAGUCAGGACGUUUUGGCCCGAAUAUUCACUCUUGGGUGUAAACCUAUUUUUCCUCGACUUGGUGAUUAAAUUGAUCCAACCAUACGUUUUGGGACAACUUCUUGACCACUUCAGGGCUGAAAGUAACAAGAUCCACACCAUGUACUACGCCAUAGCAUUAAUUACCAUCAACUGUUUCAACGUUAUCCUCGUCAACCAAUACAUGAUGAACGCCUUCCAUUACGGAAUGAAAGUCAGGGCAGCUUGCUGUGCUUUGAUUUACCGGAAAGCUUUGCGUUUGAGCAAAACUGCUCUAGGAGAUACGGCUUCCGGUAAAAUCGUUAAUCUUUUGUCGAAUGAUGUUAGCAGAUUUGAUAUUGUGUCCAUUUUUAUCCAUCACAUGUGGAUUGCUCCCACUGCUGGUAUUAUUAUUAUGACUUUGUUGUAUUUGAAGGCUGGCUUUGCCGCCCUUAUUGGAAUCAUCCCUGUGUUUUGUGUGGUGCCCCUACAAAGUUACACUGGCAAAAUGUCAGCCAAGUACAGGAAGCAAACAGCCAUGAAAACAGACGAGCGUGUCAGACUGAUGGAUGAAAUCAUCACAGGGAUACAAGUCAUUAAAAUGUACGCUUGGGAGAAGCCUUUCGCCCGACUCAUCAGGCUGGUAAGGAAGGCUGAGCUAAAGAUUGUCACCAAGUCGUCUUACGUCAGGGCAAUCUUCAUGACUUUCAACUUGUUCACGACGAGGGCUGCGUUGUUCGCCACCUUAAUCACCAUGUCUUUAACGGACCAACCCAUCACUGCUGCAAACGUGUUUGUGUUCAUGUCUUACUAUAACACUUUGUCUUCCACCAUGUCCACCAUGUUUGUUAGAGGCAUAUCGGAAAUGGCUGAGCUGUUUGUGGCCAUAAAAAGACUGGAAGGCUUCCUCUUGAACCAAGAGUAUGUGGAGGUCGAAGCCCUACCCUCAGGUGAUGAGAAAAAGGCUAUUUCUCUAGUAGACGCAACAGUAAGAUGGAAUGCAGAAGCCAAAGACGUGGCCCUUGACCAUAUUAAUCUGAAGAUACAUACUGGACAGCUGUAUGGAGUUAUUGGACCAGUUGGAAGUGGAAAAAGUUCCCUGUUGCAGACAAUUUUAAGGGAACUCGAGGUGACUGAAGGAAAGAUGACAAUAAACGGUUCAAUAUCUUAUGCCUCUCAAGAACCGUGGGUAUUCGCAGCCACAGUAAGGCAGAACAUUCUUUUUGGUGCAAAGUAUGAUAAAGCUAGGUAUAACAAGGUGAUCAAAGUUUGUGCCCUGGAAACAGACUUUAAACAGUUCCCUGAAGGUGACCUUACAAUUGUUGGUGACAGAGGUGCAUCUCUGAGUGGUGGCCAAAAGGCAAGAAUAAAUCUAGCUAGGGCAGUGUACAGGGAUACUGACAUUUACUUGUUGGACGAUCCUUUAUCUGCUGUUGACAUACACGUAGCAAAACAUUUGCUCAACGAGUGCAUUAAUGGAUAUUUGGCUGACAAGACUCGAAUUCUGGUGACUCACCAAGUACACUUACUUAAGGAUGCUGAUCACAUUAUAAUUUUGAAUAAUGGCAAAAUUGACAAGGAAGGUACCUUUAGAGAAUUAUCAUCAAGUGAUAAUGAAUUCGCACAAUUAUUGACCACUGAAGUGGAGCUACCACCUGAAGAAGAGAAGCCAAAAUCACUUGCCAGAAUCAGAACCACGUCCUUUGGGGCCAGCAAACUGUCAAUGGCGAGCGCAUUGAGUAUUCCAGAACUUCUGGAGGAUAUUGAGGACGCACACAUGGAAGAAAUCGAGGAACCCGAACCCGAAGUAAACGUCAAAGCAUUACAGGAAGCCUCCUCUAAAGGAAAAGUACACGGCUCCUUGUUCAUGAAUUAUUUACUGGCUGGAGGAAACGUGUGUCUGGUAAUGCUGGUACUAAGUUUGUACAUUGUAGCUCAGGCAUGUGCCAGUGGAGUCGACUUCUUCGUCAGUUUCUGGGUGAACAUAGAAGAACUGAGAACAAGGAAUGAUACCAUGAACAUAAACGUCCCCAGGUAUAAAUCUCCAGAGGUUUGGACUAAGGAAAACUGUAUUCGUGCCUACACAUUUUUGAUUGUUUCCUUGUUUGUCACCGCCUUGGCGAGAUCCAUGUUGUUCUACAAACUGGCAAUGUGGUGCUCUCAAAAGCUGCACGACACAAUUUUCAACAACGUGGUAAACGCCACCAUGAGAUUCUUCGACACAAACCCAAGUGGAAGGAUAUUGAACAGGUUUUCCAAGGAUAUCGGUAAUAUUGAUGAGAUGUUGCCCAAAGUUAUUUUGGAUGCGGGGCAGAUCUUGUUGUCGAUGGUGGGGUCUUUGGUGUUGAUCACCAUUGUUAAGGCUUACUUCUUGAUACUUGUUGGAGUUGUUGGAGUGUUCUUCUUCAUUUUGCGGCACAUCUUCCUUAAAUCUUCCAAGAAUAUUAAACGUCUCGAAGGGAUUUUGAGGAGUCCUGUUUUCACACAUUUGAACACCACUCUUCAAGGACUUACGACGAUACGAGCGUAUGGGGCUCAAUCGACGCUUAGUUAUGAAUUCGAUAAGCACCAAGACAGUCAUACAAGUGCGUGGUUCAUGUACAUUGCAGCCAGUUCAGCCUUUGGAUUUUUCCUUGACACUUUAUGCUGCGUCUUCAUCGCCACCAUCACCUUUAUACUUCUGUUGCUAGGAGAAAAGUUUGGAAUGAGUGGUGCAGAGGUUGGUCUAGGCAUAACACAAGCCACUGCUCUGACCGGUAUGGUGCAAUGGGGUAUGAGACAAUCAGCUGAAGUCGCCAACCAAUUGAUGUCCGUGGAAAGGGUGUUGGAGUACGAAGAGUUGCCUGUAGAGAAACAACCAUCAAUUCCCAAGAAGCCUUCUAAAAACUGGCCCAGCAAAGGGGCCAUCGAAUUUAAAGACAUGGGACUUAAAUACGACGAGGAAGGUGCUUUGGUGCUUAAACACCUUAACAUCAACAUUGAACCAAAGGAGAAGGUUGGAAUUGUUGGACGUACCGGAGCUGGUAAGUCAUCUCUUAUUUCCGCCCUGUUCCGACUUGCUGUUGUUGAGGGUGAAAUCAAAAUUGAUGAUAUUGACACCAAAGAUAUUUCUUUAACUGACCUCAGGUCUAGAAUAUCCAUUAUUCCUCAAGAUCCUGUACUAUUUUCUGGCACAUUACGGUACAAUUUGGAUCCAUUUGGGGAGUAUCGAGAUGAUGUACUCUACAAAGCAAUCAAUGAUGUUGAGUUGAAGGACCCAGCUAAUAUUAUAAACCGUUUGGAGAACACUGUAAUGGACAGAGGCUCAAACUACAGUGUUGGUCAAAGACAACUAAUCUGUCUUGCCAGAGCUAUUAUAAGAAACAACAAAAUUUUAAUGCUGGACGAAGCCACAGCCAACGUAGAUCCUCAGACUGAUGCAUUGAUCCAACAAAAGAUCAGGGAGAAGUUCUCCGAAUGCACAGUUUUAACAGUAGCCCACAGACUCAAAACAAUUAUGGAUUCGGACAAGGUGCUGGUUAUGGACGCCGGUAGGAUGGUGGAGUUCGAUCAUCCGCACCUCCUUCUCCAGAAACCCAAUGGGGUCUUUGCCAGAAUGGUCAAUGAAAGUGGCAAAGCGACGGCUGAUCAACUCAAAAAGGUGGCUUAUGACAGUUACCAAAAGAAAUAUUCAGUGCCUGAAUGAUUUAUUUUUAAUUGUGUUUGUAAAUAAUUAUUUAAUUAGGUUUUUGAGUUGUGUGGUUUAAAUGUGUGACUGAAGUUUUUUUAAUAA